CAGCCCAUUCUCGCCCGCCAAGCCGCGCGGAUGGCUGGGCCAGGGCCCGGCACUGGGCACUGUGCUAGGCGCCGUGGGGGCGGCGGCCCGCCAUCAAGUUCUCAGCCGGGCCUUCCCAGGGACCCCCGCGCACCCCGAGGGCCAACGGCCCGCCCAGCCCCGCCUAGCUCGGCCCCCUCCCCGCCCCCCCUGUCGCCCUCUCCAGCGCCGCUCCGCCUCGGCGGGCAGGAAGACCCCAGGGAGGGCGGGGCAGGCCCCCCCCCUCUGUACCCCGCCCCGGCGCUCCCAGCAGACACCUGCGGCGCGCCCCGCACCGGGCUGCGCUCGGCCGCGGCCGGGGGCCCCACGCCUCAGCAAGGGCGCUGUCUCGGCAGGCCGCGCAGGGCGUGGCGGCUUGGGCCGAUUUGCUUGCCGGUGGCGCCCACACCCUUCCCGUCCAGCUCCGGAAUUCCCCUGUGGGUUUCAAACGUAACGGCUCCGUGCGCGGGCCGCCCUGGGUUCGGUGCCCAAGGCGCCCCGGCAGGGUGGGGGUGGGGACCCAGAGGACCCCGGAGCACUUGCCCCUGUUGGAAGUCAAGGGCGCCGCGCCUCCGCCACUCCGUGCGGAACCUCAGCGCCUGCCAAGGGCCCCUGGCGCUGAAUUGUGUGAUCUUACCCCAAACUGCCAUUGUAUUGGCCGCUGACCCUGUGCCAAGCUCUGGGCUUUCUGUGUUAUAUUCAACGAACAAGUUCGUGAAGAUUGACUGAGGACCUCCAGGUGAUUGCUGGGCACUGAGGAAGCAUGCAGGUGAACAAGCUAGCAUGGUCCCUGCUCUCCUGAAGCCUAUAUUCAGGGCAAGGAGACAUCACAAGCUAGCAAG